GGUCAAGGUUUGUACUCUAACACCAACCCAUUGGCUGUUGUGGCACCAGCUCUGGACCAGGGCUUCAGCUGGGUGGGGAAGAGCAGGACGGCUACGGUCUGACGGACCGGGAUCAUGUUCGGCUCGUUGGUUCUGUUCGCCGUCGUCUUGUGGUUCUUCUAUUUCCUGUUGAGGAACAGAAGAGGGAAGAACUUCCCUCCAGGGCCGUCAGCACUACCCCUCCUCGGGAACCUCCUGGAAUUCAGCUCUGCAAACCCCAUUCCAGAUCUGAGCCGGCUUGCUCGUCGCUAUGGCAACGUGUACAGCCUGUUCCUCGGCCCCCAGAAGGUGGUUGUGGUCAACGGCCUCCAGGCGCUGAAGGAAGCCUUCGUCACCAGGGCCGCAGACUUCUCUGGACGACCCCAUGGCCUCCUGCUGAACGACGCAACCCAGCGGAAAGACUGGGCUCCGGGACUGGCGCUGGCCGGGUACGACGCCCAGUGGCGGGACCACCGUCGCUUCGGCCUCCAGGUGCUCAGGAACUUCGGCCUGGGGAAGAAGUCCAUGGAGGAGAGGAUCCUCCAGGAGACCCAGCAGGUGGUGAAGCUGCUGGAGGAGAGCGCCGGGUCAGAGGUCAAUCCUCAGCUGCUGUUCCAUAAACUCGCCUCCAACAUCGUCAGUCGGGUCGUCUUCGGUCCGAACUACGACCACAACGACCCCUUCAUGAAGUUCUCCAUCAGGGCCGUCAGAGAGAACUCCAAGAUCCUCAACAGCGCCUGGUCCAUGAUCUACGACACCAUCCCUGCGGUGCGAAACCUGCCUCUGCCCUUCCAGAAGGCCAUGAAGAACUUCAAGGAGUUGAAUGAGAAGACGGCGGAGGUGAUCCAGGAGCACAAGAGCAGCAGGCUGCCAGGGGAACAGCGAGACGUGAUGGACUGCUACCUGGAGGAGAUGGACAAGAGAGAAGACGGUUUGUCGUUCUCAGAAGAUCAGCUCUGCUCGUUUGCUCAAGAUCUUCACCUGGCUGGAACGGACACCACGUCCAACACCCUGCUGACUGGGGUCCUCUACAUGAUGGCUCACCCCCACAUACAAGAGCGAUGCCAGAAGGAAAUAGACUUUGCAUUGGAGGGGAAGGACAAGGUUGCUUUUGGAGAUAAGCAGAAGAUGCCUUACGUGCAGGCGGUGAUCCAUGAGGUCCAGAGAGUGGCCAACAUUAUACCACUCAGUAUCUUUCACUGCACCACUAAAGACACCCAGCUGAUGGGAUUCUCCUUACCCAAGGGAACCAUCGUGGCCCCCAACAUGGCGUCUGUGCUGUGGGAGGAGGGCCAGUGGAAGUUCCCCCACGACUUCAACCCGGAGAACUUCCUCGACGACCAAGGAGAGUUUGUGAAGCCAGAGGCCUUCGUGCCAUUCUCCUUGGGACCCCGGGCUUGUCUGGGCGAGGGGCUGGCCCGCAUGGAGCUCUUCCUGGUGUUUGUGACUCUGCUGAGGAGGUUCCGGUUCGUCUGGCCAGCGGGGGCUGGAGAACCAGACCUCAGUCCCGUCUUUGGGUUCGCCAUGAGCCCACAACCCUACAAACUGGAGGUCCGCUGCAGAGAGACGGCAGAUCAUUAACAACAAGAUGGAUUUGAGUAUGAAGAAGCUUCUUUACUGAACCACAUACUGAAUAAGAGCUGACAAACACCAAUAUGAAUCAAUACUCUGUGUAGCCAUUUUCAAUAAAUCCUUUCUCCCUGCUUA